UUAAUUUCUGAUCCUUGAAUCAACAUAAUCAUAUAGCACCAAAUCUUAAGAUUUUAAUCUCCAAUCUGCAUUAAAAAUUCCUCAGCUAUUACCUAUGCAAACUGGUUUAUUUGAAUUUACGACUGGAGAAAUAGUAGUUAUAUGUUAUAUCAUUGACAAAAAUUUCCAUAUUUGCAGAAAGUUUGCUAAAAUGAGUGAUUCAAAAAAUGAAGAAUUUAGUUUGGAUUAUUUGCAAAAAGCAGCAGACUAUCUUAGAAAUCAAGUACCGUUCACUCCAAAACUUUUGAUUAUUUGUGGAACUGGUUUAGGGGGCCUCUCAGAAAACCUACAAAACCAAAUAGAAUUCAAUUAUAAGGAUAUACCCAACUUUCCUGUGAGCAAUGUUAAAGGUCAUGCAGGAAAACUAAUUUUUGGAACCCUGUCGGAGGCAAAAAUAGUAUGCAUGAAAGGCCGUUUCCAUUAUUUCGAAGGCUAUUCCCUGCAAAAAAUCGCCACCCCAAUCAGAAUCCUAAAACUACUCGGUGUAGAAGGUCUCAUAGUCACAAAUGCUGCAGGAAGCGUAAACGAAGACUACAAAGUGGGCGACAUAAUGAUUAUAAAAGAUCACGUAAACUUUCUGGCUUUUGGCGGACAACAUCCCCUGAGAGGACCCAAUGAACAUUUUUUCGGAGAAAGAUUCUUUCCCAUGAAUAGAGCGUAUGAUAGAGAGCUCAUUAGAAUUGCCAAGGAGGUAGCUGAAAAAAUGGGGAUUUCAGAUGAUUAUCAUGAAGGUGUCUAUGGACUUUACGCUGGACCGAAUUAUGAAACAGUAGCAGAAGUUAGGAUAUUGAAAAUGUUAGGAGUUGAUGCUGCAGGAAUGUCAACUAUACCAGAGGUUCUUGUGGCCAAGCAUUGCGGCAUGUCAGUGUUUGGCUUUAGUUUCAUAACGAAUCGUUGUAUUCAUUGCUAUGAUGAACCAGAUGAGCCAAAUCAUGAUGAUGUUCUGAAAGCUGUAAUGGAAAAAUCUGAAACAGUCAAGAAAUUUGUAGCAAACCUAAUUCAAGAAACUAAACAAAGAUGGAAAUAAGAUCAUUCAAAGCAUUAUUGACAAAAUAAUAUUAUUUCUCUUACAACAAAAUAGAUGUACCUAUGUAUCAUUUUAUCCAAAACUUUCAAAUAAUGUAAAGACGGACAUUUCACAUUAGCUUGCUUAGAAGUAGGAGUAGAACGCACAAAAAAAGUACUAUUUUGGAUAGCAGGUAGCGAAGAUAUUGGACGAUAAUUUAUGCAUUCCUCCUCACUCCUUAUAUCCCUUAUUUUUGUAUACAGGUUUGCUUGAUCGAAAACAGCAGUUAGGUAUAUUCUAAGUUUCAGCAGUGAGAUGCAUUGAGUUGGUUUAUAAUAAUUUUUAAUAAUAAUAAUUUUAUUAUCAGAACUUCAAAUUACAAUAAGCUGCUAUUUAACUGA